AUGGAGAAAGGACUUCUUCAAAAUGAAGCCACAGAAAAUCAUCCUGAAAAUACCAGAAGAAGGAAGCAUCUUCAUAAAGAAAAUAAAGAACAGAACAGCAUCUUAACAACACCGCAGAAAAGGAGCAGCUUCAUAGAGAAAAUCACACACGAGGGGAAGUCUUCAGAAUGCCGCGAAGAAGGUAAAUCAUCGUAG